AUGCAAUCAGACAAUUCCUCAAAGCAUAUAGUUGUAAUUUGUAGAUCCCAAUACUACUGGUUUGAUGUAUUGGACGACAACAAUGACUUAAUUAUGUCAGAGCAGGACAUUGCUCUUAACUUUCAAACCAUUAUUGACGAUGCUGAGAAUACACCAAUUGCGGAAGCUGCUAAAAGUGCUGUGGGAGUGUUGACUACUGAGAAUCGUAGGAUCUGGGCUAAUAUUCGUGAAUCCUUAAUGGCAAGGGCAUCAUCCUGUGAUAGCGAAGCUGCACAUAAUGCAGAAUGUCUAAAAAAGGUAGAUGCGAGCUUAUUCGUAGUUUGCCUUGACCAUGAAUCGCCAGAAUCACUUGCUGAUUUAUCCCGAAAUAUGCUUUGUGGUUUAUCAACAAUCGAGAAGGGCGUUCAGGUAGGAACAUGUACAAACAGAUGGUAUGAUAAGCUUCAGCUGAUUGUCACUAAAAAUGCGAAGGCUGGUGUCAAUUUCGAGCAUACUGGUGUGGAUGGGCAUACUGUUCUUCGGUUUGUUUCUGAUGUGUAUACUGAUACGCUGUUACGAUUCGCCAAAAGCAUUAACGGCAAAUCCCCAAGCAUAUGGACAACGCAUUCUCCUGAUCCUUCUGAGCGUGAUCCUGCUUCCUUCGGAGACGUUAGUACUACUCCCAGGAAAUUGGAAUGGAAUACCACUCCUGAGUUGCUUCUAGCGAUGAGAUUUGCUGAAACCCGUCUUGCUGACUUAAUCCAGCAGAAUGAAUUCCAGGCAUUAGAGUUUGAUGGUUAUGGUGUUAAUCUCAUUAAACAGAUGGGGUUCAGUCCCGAUGCCUUUGUUCAAAUGGCAUUCCAAGCUGCAUAUUAUUCGUUAUAUGGCAGAGUCGAGUGUACCUAUGAACCUGCUAUGACCAAGCAGUUUCUCCAUGGACGAACAGAAUCUAUUCGCACCGUGUCAAAGGAGUCAGCAGCUUUUGUCAGAAAGUUUUGUGACGAUGCUCCAGCUUCCCAGAAACUUGAUUUGCUUCGGAAAGCAUGUAAAAAGCACUCGCAGACAACUGCUAAAUGCUCCAAGGGGCUUGGCCAGGAUCGUCACCUGUACGCUUUGUUUUGUGUUUGGAAAAGGCAUGCCGAAGAACAACUGGACGAUAGUCGUUCAGAUGACUCAGCUGCUGAAGAUGUUUUGGCCAGUAUGCCAUCAAUCUUUUCUGACCCUGGAUGGGACCGGCUGGGUAAUGCUAUUCUCUCGACCAGUAACUGUGGAAACAUGUCUUUAAAACUUUUCGGCUUUGGCCCCACUAGCCCAGAUGGUUUCGGUUUGGGUUACAUAAUUAAGGGUGACUCAAUUACCAUAUGUGCCUCAUCAAAGCAUAGGCAGACUCAAAGAUUUUUGGACACUCUAAAUUCGUGUUUCAUUGAGUUCCGUAACCUUUGGAGAUCUGUGGAACUAGCGAAUGGAAGUCGCAAAUUCUCUAUGGGAACCCGGGCUCGAUCAUACGACAAUCUUCAAGGACUAGUGGCACCUGCUACUCAACCGUUUGGGAAAACGCUUACACCUAACACUGUUGUCACGCCAGAAGAGGAUGGAGGUGAUUCAUCAUCAUACCUUCUUGGUGGUUAUGGAUACUUCGAUAUUGGUGACUUUGAAGCAGCUUACUCGAGACCACCGUCUCCAUUAGGAGAUGCAAGUCGGAGACGCCGACUCAGCCAGAAGAAGGAGAUUGGCCGAAAGCUCAGACUUGCUGAAUACUAA